UACAAUUCUCUGGCCUCUUUUGGCAAUAGUGGGCUGUUUGGGCCUAUUGUGCUUAGUCAUUCACUUGGGAUACAUACUAAUUAAGCCCCUUUCCAGGUAUAGGUUUUAUACAUACAUUUAUACACACUUAAAUACAUACACUGUAGAUACCUAGAUUAAUACCCAUGCCUCGGAGUAGACUUCGUAUGAUUUCUGCUUUAGGGGGCGCAAUACGUGCCAUGUGUCACGUCCUCAUUGGUACACGAAGGCACGGUAAUUUUGCCCACAACAUUUGCCCCUCAAGAAGGGCAUUUCUGGAAACACAUUCCGGAGCUUUCAUAGGCGAUUUCCGGCGUGUUCCUACCACCAUCAGGCGAUUUCCGGCCACCAGGAGACUCAUCCUUUUCCUCGUCACACUCAUCCCGUUCUUCGCGAAACUCAUCUCGUUCUUCGCGAAACUCAUCCUGUUCUUCACCAAGUACUUCGCAGAUCUUUCAAGAGGAAGGAAUGAGCAAGCUAUCGGCGGCGGAUAUUGGGAAGGGCGAUAUGACCGAUUGGAUGGCGGACAUCUAUGAGGCCAAGAUGCAGAAAGCCAAGGCCGAGUUGGAGGAGAAGG